AUGCCUCACUACUCAUUACCUCACUGCCUCACUGCCUCACUGCCUCACUACUCCCUACCCACUACCUCACUGCCUCACUACCUCACUGCCCACUACCUCACUACCUCCCUGCCUCACUACCCACUACCUCACUACCUCACUCCUCACUACCCACUACCUUACUGCCUCACUGCCUCACUGCCUCACUACUCACUCUCACUACCUCAUUGCCUCACUACUCACUACCCACUGCCUCACUGCCUUACUGCCUCACUACUCACUACCAAAUACCUAACUGCCUCACUGCCUCACUACCCACUACCUCACUACCUCACUCCUCACUACCCACUACCUUACUGCCUCACUGCCUCACUGCCUCACUACUCACUACCCCCUUCCUCACUGCCUCACUGCCUCACUGCCUCACUGCCUCACUGCCCCACUCCUCACUACCCACUACCUCACUGCCUCACUACCUCACUGCCCACUACCUCACUACCUCCCUGCCUCACUACCCACUACCUCACUACCUCACUCCUCACUACCCACUACCUUACUGCCUCACUGCCUCACUGCCUCACUACUCACUUCCCACUACCUCACUGCCUUACUGCCUCACUACUCACUACCUCACUGCCUCACUGCCUCACUGCCUCACUGCCUCUCUUCCCACUUCCCACUACCUCACUACCUCACUGCCCACUACCUCACUACCUCACUGCCUCACUACCCACUACCUCACUGCCUCACUACCCACUGCCUUACUGCCUCACUACUCACUACCCACUUCCUCACUGCCUCACUGCCUCACUGCCUAACUACUCACUGCCAACUACCUCACUGCCUCACUGUCUCACUACUCACUAA